GUGUACGUAACUGAACCUAGUGGGAUGGAGUUCACACCAUGUCAAGUUGAAGCACGUAUUGGCCAAAUAUUGGAGCUGCCUCUGAGAAUUAACGGCCUAACAAAUGUUGAAACGGGCAAGACGGUCCCACUGAGCGACUGCUCACACUUUGAUCUAGUUGUGGAAGUAGAAAACCGUGGUGUGUUCAGGCCACUUCAAGGAAGGCUUAAGCCAACUGCUGAUUUUUGUAGUGGAGUCAGAGUGAAAGCUGAAACUCAAGGAUACACAGCACUUGUUGUUAGUUACACCCAUGGUCAUGUCCACCUCAGUGCUAGCAUCACCAUUGCUGCUUAUUUACCGUUAAAAACUAUUGAUCCUCUGUCUGUUGCUUUAGUGACUUUGGGUUCCUCUAAAGAUAUGUUAUUUGAAGGAGGACCUAGACCAUGGGUACAAGAACCUUCAAAGUUCUUCAGGAACGUCACUGCUGAGGAUGCAGAAAGUAUUGGUCUGUCUUUAUUUGGACCUCCUACAUCUCGAAAUAACCUCCAGCACUGGGUCAGAGUGUCUUGCAAAAGCCUGGGAGAGCAAGUUAUUGCCUUAACAGUUGGAAACAACCCCACAAUCACCAACCCUUUUCCAGCAGUUGAGCCUGCUGUUGUGAAGUUCAUCUGUGCUGUCCCUUCACGACUCACUUUGACUCCUGUUUAUGGAAGUCCUCAGCUUGAUCUCUCCUGCCCUUUGCUACAACAAAACAAGCAAGUGGUUCCUGUUUCAAAUUAUCGCAAUCCAGUACUGGAUCUGGCUGCAUAUGACCAACAGGGCAGUAGAUUUGAUAACUUCAGUUCUCUUAGUGUUAUCUGGGAAUCAACAAAAACGUCCUUAGCUAAUAUUGAGCCUGAUACGCCAAUGGAGCUGACUCUGAAAGAAGAUGGAAGUGGUCAAAAGAAAAUGCAUGGCUUACAAACUGUACUAGUUCAUCAUGAGUCUGGAACAACUGCCAUCUCUGCAACUGCAACAGGGUAUCAGAAAUCCCAUCUCAAGGCAGCUAAAGUAAAAAUACCGUAUGAACCUCUUCUACCAGUGUCUGCCAGUAUCGAACUGAUACUAGUGGAAGAUGUAAAAGUGAACCCUACUGAUGUCUCCAUUUACAAUCACCCUGACAUACAGGCAGAACUUUUCAUCAAAGAAGGUUCUGGAUAUUUUUUCAUUAAUACCAGUGUUGCAAAUGUUGUAAGAGUGGCUCAUGAGGAAACUCAAGGUAUUGCUUUGGUGCAUCCUCUCCUUCCAGGAUCAGUGACUGUAAUGAUUCAUGACUUGUGUUUGGCUUUCCCUGCACCAGCUAAAGCUGAAAUUUAUGUAUCUGAUAUACACGAACUGUACGUCCGAGUUGUUGACAAGGUGGAGAUUGAAAAAACAGUUAAAGCUUAUGUCAGGGUUCUGGAUGACUCUAAGAAACCUUUUCUGGCGAAAUACUUUGCUGUCAUGGAUCUAAAACUAAGGGCAGCAUCUCAGAUUGUUUCACUUGUCCCACUCAGUGAAGCUCCUGAUGACCAUACUGCUGCUUUCCUAGUGCAUGGGAUAGCCAUUGGGCAGACUAGUCUUACCGCAACUGUUGCUGACAAAAGAGGACAAAGAAUCAGCUCUGCUCCACAACAGAUUGAAGUUUUUCCCCCAUUUAGACUACUGCCAAGGAAAGUGACCCUAAUUAUUGGGGCCAUGAUUCAGAUCACUUCAGAAGGAGGCCCUCAACCUCAGUCCAACAUCAUUUUCUCCAUCAAUGAUGAGAAGAUUGCGUCAGUGAACAGCACUGGACUUGUCAGAGGAGUGGCAAUUGGGAAUGGAACGGUAACAGGAGUGGUGCAAGCUGUUGAUGCAGAGACAGGCAAUCUUGUCAUGGUGUCUCAG